UUUCUUUUUAUUUUUUUUUAUUUUUUGUGGCUUUCUCAGUUUUCCCCACACGCCUCAUUCGGCCUUCUUUUCUCCCAAGAGCUGCUUAAACUCUCAACAUCCACACGUUUCUACUUAUUUUUUUCUAUUUUUUUGGAUGAAUAAAAAAACAGCUCUUUAUUACGUCACUAUAUCUUUUUUAUAAACAAUUGCCAGCCAGAUCUUUACAAGUCUAUGGAUUUCUUUUUUUCUUUUUCUAUUAUUUUUAUUUAUUUUUUAUUACGUAUAUCUAUAUAUAUAAGUAUGUGUGUUGUUCAAGCCAAACUUGUGUCUCACUUUCUCGGCACAUCGUUAUACAAACCAACAGCAAGGCUGAAACACUAAAUCCAAGGUAUUUUUCUUCAAACCAAAUGGCGGCCUCCGUAGAAAACCGCCGGUUCGGCCAUGAACCCGGGCUAACCGCCACUGCGGUUGCUCGGUCGUUCAGUCCGAACCACCCGCGUUCCGAUUCACCAAUCCGUGGCUACAAUUACCCAGGCGCUACGCGUAGUAAGGUGGCCGCUGCCGAUAUGUACGAGUCGAGUGAUGAUUCGGAAGACGAGGUUGACUACACUGACGCCAUUAAGAAGUCGAAUUCGGAAUUGGAAAGCUCGGUUUUCGACCAGCGAGAUGUAGGAACCGCUGACCAAUGGAUCGAGCGGAACCCGAGUAUGGUUCGACUUACGGGAAAGCACCCGUUUAACUCCGAGCCGCCUUUGAAUAAACUCAUGCAGCAUGGGUUUAUUACCCCAGCCCCACUUCAUUAUGUACGUAACCACGGUCCAGUCCCCAACGCUACAUGGGAGGACUGGACCGUGGAAAUAUGUGGGCUGGUGAAACGACCUGCUCGUUUCACCAUGACCCAACUUGUAAAAGAAUUCCCCACCCGGGAAUUCCCAGUAUCCCUAGUUUGCGCCGGUAACCGGCGCAAAGAACAAAACCUGACAAAACAAACCAUCGGGUUCAACUGGGGGGCUGCGGGGAUAUCAACCUCGGUUUGGAAAGGGGUGCCAUUGGCCCACAUCUUGAAAAGAUGUGGGAUCUUUAGCCGAAAGAAAGGUGCGCUUAAUGUGUGCUUCGAGGGAGCCGAAGAUCUCCCUGGUGGCGGCGGUUCAAAAUAUGGGACUAGCUUAAGCAUAGAGAUGGCAAUGGAUCCGGCUAGAGACAUCAUAUUGGCGUACAUGCAAAACGGGGAAAAGUUGUUGCCGGAUCAUGGUUUUCCGGUGAGGAUGAUCAUUCCGGGGUUCAUUGGCGGUAGGAUGGUUAAGUGGUUGAAGCGUAUUAUCGUAACAACAGCGGCGUCGGAGAAUUAUUACCACUACAAAGACAACCGUGUGUUACCAUCGCAUGUGGAUGCGGAGCUAGCCAACUCGGAAGGUUGGUGGUACAAGCCAGAGUACAUAAUCAACGAGCUCAACAUAAACUCCGUGAUUACUACACCAUGUCACGAGGAGAUAUUGCCCAUCAAUGCAUGGACUACUCAGAGGCCUUACACCUUGAGGGGCUAUGCUUAUUCCGGGGGUGGGAAGAAAGUGACAAGGGUGGAGGUAACAAUGGAUGGAGGAGAGACGUGGAACGUAUGUAGCCUGGACCAUAAGGAGAAACCGAAUAAGUAUGGGAAGUAUUGGUGCUGGUGCUUCUGGUCACUAGAGGUUGAGGUUCUGGACCUUCUUAGUGCCAAAGAGAUUGCGGUUCGAGCCUGGGAUGAGACCCUUAACACCCAACCCGAGAAGCUCAUUUGGAAUCUCAUGGGAAUGAUGAACAAUUGCUGGUUCCGAGUGAAAACCAACAUGUGCAAACCACACAAGGGUGAGAUCGGGAUUGUGUUCGAGCACCCAACUCAACCUGGAAACCAAUCCGGUGGAUGGAUGGCUCGUGAGAAGCACCUCGAAAUUUCAGCGGAAAAAGCAAACCCAACCCUCAAGAAGAGUGUUUCAUCCCCUUUCAUGAACACGACUUCUUUAACCUUUACAAUGUCCGAAGUCAAGAAACAUAACUCAGCUGAUUCGGCUUGGAUCGUGGUCCACGGUCACAUCUACGACUGCACCGCCUUCCUCAAAGACCACCCGGGUGGUAGUGACAGCAUUCUUAUCAAUGCCGGAACAGAUUGCACCGAAGAGUUCGAUGCAAUCCAUUCCGACAAGGCAAAGAAGCUAUUGGAAGAGUACCGAAUUGGUGAACUCCUAACCAUGGGUUAUAGUUCCGACUCAGCUGCAUCAUCACCAAACAACUCGGUCCAUGGUGCCACCAAUUACCUAAGCUCAAACUUAGCCACCAUCAAAGAAAUUGUACCUACAAGAAAUGUAGCCCUAGUCCCCCGUGAAAAGAUCCCAUGCAAACUCAUCUCAAAAACAAAUGUUUCUCAUGAUGUGAGGCUAUUUCGAUUCGCGCUCCCAUCACAAGAUCAGGUUCUCGGAUUACCGGUAGGUAAACACAUAUUUGUGUGUGCGACAGUUGAUGACAAGCUUUGCAUGAGAGCAUACACACCAACCAGCACAGUUGAUGAAGUUGGAUACUUUGAGUUGCUAGUCAAAAUCUACUUCAAAGGUGUUGAACCAAGGUUCCCAAAUGGUGGGAUCAUGUCACAAUAUCUUGAGUCAUUGGAACUAGGUUCCUCCCUUGAAAUCAAAGGUCCAUUAGGUCACAUUGAGUACAUGGGUAGGGGGACAUUUUCAGUGAACGGUAAACAAAAGUUCGCCUCCAAGUUAGCCAUGUUUGCGGGUGGGACGGGUAUCACACCGAUAUACCAAGUGAUGCAGGCUAUCUUGAAGGAUCCAGAAGAUGAUACAAAGAUGUAUGUGGUGUAUGCGAACCGUACGGAAGAUGAUAUAUUGUUGAGGGAUGAACUUGAUGCAUGGGCAGAGAAGUAUCAAGAUAGGGUGAAGGUUUGGUAUGUUAUUCAAAAGUCGAUAAAAGAAGGGUGGAAAUAUAGUGAAGGGUUCAUCACUGAGGAGAUCAUGAAAGAACAUAUACCAGAGGUUUCUGAAGAUACAUUGGCAUUGGCUUGUGGACCACCACCCAUGAUUCAGUUUGCCAUAAACCCUAAUUUGGAAAAGAUGGGUUAUGAUAUCAAGAAUUCUUUGUUGGUGUUUUAGGAUAUUGUAUUGUUAUGCAGGUGGUUUAAAUUUAUAUUUUGGAAAUAAAGUCAGUCCUAUAUGUACAUACUACUAUUUGUAAUCCUCUAUCUACAUUAAGCGAUCAAUUGAAAAUCAAAAAUAUUUAAGCUUGUUUUUA